GUAUAUCAUCAAGGUGGUGCCCUACCGCCAUAUCAUUACCAUCUAUCCAAGAACCAUCCAUGGCAGAAACCAAGCAAGAAUCUUCUCUCCACGUCGUGGUGUUCCCGUGGCUGGCGUUCGGCCACAUGAUCCCCUUCCUCGACCUCUCCAAGCGGUUGGCGCAGCGCGGCCACGACGUCACGUUCGUGUCCACGCCGAGGAACGCCGCCAGGCUGGCCACCAUCCCGCCGGAGCUGUCCGCUCGCAUCCGCGUUGUCAUGCUGGAGCUGCCGGAGGUCAACGGGCUCCCUGAGGGCGCCGAGUGCACUGCCGACGUCCCGCUGGAGAAGGUCGAGCUCCUCAAAAAGGCGUUUGACGGCCUCGCCGCGCCGUUCGCGGGCCUCGUCGCGGAGGCAUGCGCCGGCAGCAGUUCUGACACCGCUGGGUUCUUGAGGAAACCCGACUGGAUCGUACUCGACUUCGCGCAGAACUGGAUCUGGCCGAUCGCCGAGGAGCAUAAGAUCGAAUGCGCCGUGUUGCUUAUCUUCCCGGCGGCCAUCUUGGCCUACGUCGGCCCGAAGCACGAGAACGAGGCGCACCCCCGCAGAACGACGGAGGAAUUCAUGGCCCAGCCUUCGUGGAUCCCCUUCCCCUCCACCAUCUCGUACCGCCGCCACGAGGCCGACGCCAUCGCCGCCAUAUUCCGGCCAAACGCCUCCGGCGUAUCCGACGUGGACCGCUUCUGGCAGCUGCAGCGCCCCCGCUGCCGUCUCAUCAUCCACCGCAGCUGCCCUGAGGCCGAGCCGCGGCUGUUCCCGCUCCUGACGGAGCUGUUCGGCAAGCCGGUCGUCCCCGCCGGGCUCCUCCUGCCCAACGACAUCGACAACGAUAGCGUCCUGACCACGGACCAGUCCUUCUUGGGUAUCAUGCAAUGGCUGGACGAGCAGCCCAGGAGGUCAGUCAUAUACGUGGCGCUCGGGAGCGAGGCGCCGGUGACGGCGGACCACGUGCGGGAGCUCGCGCAUGGGCUAGAUCUCUCCGGCGUGCGCUUCCUCUGGGCGCUGCGGCAGCCCGUCGGUCACGUCGGUGCGGUACUCCCGGACGGGUUCGAGGCCCGCGUCACGGGACGCGGUGUGGUGCGCGCCAGGUGGGUGCCGCAGGUGCGCGUGCUCGCACACGGCGCGGUGGGAGCAUUCCUGACUCACUGCGGCUGGGGCUCCACCGUGGAGAGCCUCUUCCGGUUCGGGCACCCGCUGGUAAUGCUGCCGUUCAUCACCGACCAGGGCCUCAUCGCACGAGAGAUGACGGCUCGGCGUGUCGGCGUCGAGGUGCCGAGGAACGACGAUGAUGGGUCGUUCCGUCGGGACGACGUCGCGGCGGCGGUGCGGCGAGUGAUGGCGGAGGGGGAGGAGAGCGAGGCGUUCGAGCGCAACGCCAGGGAGCUGCAGAAGGUGCUUGGGGACGAGGUAAGGCAGGAGCAGUACGUUGAUGAGCUCGUGGAGUAUUUGCAGCGCUACAAAUGAUUCAAGACUGUUCAGUGAUCAAUGUUCACAUGUCCGAAUAAUAUGGCAAUCUAAUUUGGCCAAUGUUGAACUGCAUGUCACAUGUACAAUAAAAAUUAGUACUUCCUCCGAUUAU